AUCGUUGCUACGCAUCUAUUGCUACAGAAAUAUGGCCAGCCAGACCCAGGGAAUUCAGCAGCUGCUGCAGGCAGAGAAGAGGGCUGCAGAGAAGGUGGCAGAGGCUCGAAAACGAAAGGCCAGGCGGCUGAAGCAGGCCAAGGAAGAAGCCCAGGCUGAAAUUGAGCAGUAUCGCUUGGAACGUGAGAGAGAAUUCCAGCAAAAACAACAGGCGGCUCUGGGCUCGCAGGGGAAUCUGUCCGCAGAGGUGGAGGCUCAGACACGCAAGAAGCUGCAAGCUAUGCAUGGAGGGCAGGCUCGGGGCAAGGACCAAGUCUUGCGUCACCUUCUCACUACUGUAUGGAAUGUGCAGCCCCAAAUUCACCCCAAUUACCGCUUGUCUGUCUAAAGGGCCUUGUGCCCCUGCCUGCAGUUGUCU